AAAGGAGCGUUGCGAAAAGCGCUUUAGUACUAGUGGUCUGUAAAUUAACAAGAGGUCGGGUGAUUCUUCAGUCAUAUAAAUAGACGCACACAAUGUACAUGUAACUAUAGCGGUCUGAAAAGUGGCGUGAUAUGGUGACGACGUGGUCGAUCUAAAGGCUUAACGCGGAGAGUGUCGAAUAAGAACAAGUUGAUAUUUAUAAGGUUCGCGUAGGCUGUAGCAGUUGUGUUGUUGUUUCCAACUAAGUAAACAUUCGUUUCGUUCUGGUUACAACUAGUUAAAAGGAUUGAGUGCAUGUAUCGUAUGAUCGAUUGACAUCAAUUGGAUAUGGCCUUCCCAGUUCGCGUGGAGAGCCCCGGGGUUCGGUACAGCCCAGAAUACCUGGAGGCGGACUACACGUACACAAACACAGCCGUCCGCAGGGACGCCAAGGGCGCCUACAUAGCUACGCCCGUCAACACCAAGUACACGUUCAGAACGCAGCGAAAGGUACCCAAGCUAGGUGUGAUGCUGGUAGGGCUGGGCGGAAACAACGGCAGCACUGUCACCGCCGCCAUCCUCGCCAACAAGCACCGCCUGUCCUGGCACACCAAGGAAGGACUCCAACACGCAAACUAUCUUGGUUCGAUCACACAAGCGAGCACAGUGUGCCUCGGUACCGGACCGGAAGGAGAGGUCUACGUGCCACUCAAGAGUAUGCUGCCUAUGGUCGACCCGGAUGACAUUAUUAUCGACGGCUGGGAUAUAUCAUCUCUGAACCUAGCUGACGCCAUGGAGCGGGCUCAGGUGAUCGACUAUAACCUGCAGGUACAACUGCGUCCGUAUCUAGAAGGCAUUAAGCCGCGGCCCUCCGUCUACUUUCCGGACUUCAUAGCCGCCAACCAGGCGGAUCGCGCCGACAACGUGCUCAAGGGUACCAAACAGGAGCUUCUGACGGCAAUCCGGCGCGACAUCCGGGAUUUCAAGGACAAGAGCGGCGUCGACAAGGUGAUUCUGCUGUGGACCGCAAAUACAGAGCGCUUUAGUGACGUCAUAUUUGAAGUGAACGGCACAGCUGAAAACCUUCUCAACAGUAUCAAGAAUAACGAGAGCGAGGUCUCACCAUCCACAUUGUUCGCCGUUGCGUCCAUACUAGAAGGGAUCACUUAUAUCAAUGGAUCGCCCCAGAACACAUUCGUCCCAGGCGUGAUAGACCUUGCACAAAAACGAAAGGUGUUUAUAGCCGGUGACGACUUUAAGUCUGGUCAGACAAAGCUCAAGUCGGUGCUGGUGGACUUCCUGGUGAGUGCGGGGAUCAAGCCCGUGUCCAUAGUCAGCUACAAUCACCUCGGCAACAACGACGGCAAAAAUCUCAGCGCCCCACAGACUUUCCGGUCAAAGGAGAUAUCCAAGAGCAAUGUGGUUGAUGACAUGGUCGAUUCGAACUCUAUCCUGUAUCCAGACGGCCGGCGGCCGGACCACUGCGUCGUGAUCAAAUACGUGCCGUAUGUUGGCGACAGCAAGCGCGCCAUGGACGAGUACACGUCAGAGAUAAUGAUGGGCGGCACGAACACUCUGGUGAUCCACAACACGUGCGAGGAUUCGUUGCUAGCCAGUCCACUUAUAUUAGACCUCGUCAUCCUUGCGGAGCUCUUCGAGCGCGUCCAGUACAAAACGGACGCUGACGACGAAUUCCGGAAUUUCAACGUGGUUAUGUCGAUACUGAACUAUUUGUGUAAAGCGCCGCUCGUUCCUAAGGGAACCCCCGUCGUUAACUCGCUGUUCCGACAGAGGAGCUGUAUAGAGAACGUGCUGCGGGCGUGCGUAGGCCUGGCUCCGAUCAACCACAUGCUGCUGGAAUACAAACAUGCGCGCAUCGAGAAUCCCCUGCCAGAAAAACGCUCGGAAGCGGCGGCAGAGAAAGUGAAGCCGGCAAUUAACGGAGUCAUCGACACGAAAGGGGCCACCGGGGUCCAAGGACAUAGUAGACGAUCUUCUGACGAAGCGGAACUUUAAAACACAUAACUCGUACAUGAGUUAGGGUUUCCAAUUUUUAUAAAUCUCUUCUAUCAUUGCAGAUACCUGCGCAUUCCACUGAUCGUAGUUGAAAACCUAACAUUUAAGUCGCAAAUAUUGUUUGUGUUAAUCAAUACCAUAAAGUUCAAAAUGCUAUUUAGAUGUUCGUUAACUUGAAUGCGUUUAAUGUAUUUAUUAUGCAGUAUGUAACAUGUGUCGUAUUAUGAAUGCCCAACGCAGUCAUUUGCAAUACUUUAGCAAUAAAACCUUUAAACAAUUA